GGUAGUUUCUAUAGGCCUAAAAUGGAACACUUAAAGGAAAAAAAAAAAGGUGGGGACAUCAAAAGCCUUGUUUGUGAGCUGAAUAAACAGGUGAAAAGAUUGUGCCCCCAUUGAUGAUAUCAUCUUUCUGGCCUUGUCUCUAUAAAAGCUCCUUAUUUUGGAACAUCAAGUAUGCGAAGGGAUUAUGUUCUAAGUCUGGAAAAAAGGCAGGAUAAGAUCUCACCGUUGAUGUCAAUGUCUGCUCCCCAAUUUCCUGCAGCUCUGCUGUGUGCAUGCACCAGCUGCCUACAAGCCAACUACACAUGUGAAACAGACGGGGCCUGCAUGGUCUCCAUAUUCAACCUGGAUGGCAUGGAGCACCAUGUGCGCACCUGCAUCCCCAAAGUGGAGCUGGUCCCUGCGGGGAAGCCCUUCUACUGCCUGAGCUCCGAGGAUCUGCGCAACACCCAUUGCUGCUACACUGACUUCUGCAACAAGAUUGAUCUGAGGGUGCCCAGUGGUAAAGGUACCUUUUUGAUGUUCCCCAAGGUGACAAGGUCUGGGAGUCCUCCCAAGACAGGUCAUGUCAAGGAGCCCGAGCACCCUUCCAUGUGGGGCCCCGUGGAGCUGGUAGGCAUCAUUGCCGGCCCAGUGUUCCUCCUGUUUCUCAUCAUCAUCAUUGUUUUCCUUGUCAUUAACUAUCAUCAGCGCGUCUACCACAACCGCCAGAGACUGGAUAUGGAAGAUCCCUCAUGUGAAAUGUGUCUCUCCAAAGAUAAGACGCUCCAGGAUCUUGUCUAUGAUCUCUCCACAUCAGGGUCUGGCUCAGGGUUACCCCUUUUCGUCCAGCGUACAGUGGCGCGAACCAUCGUUUUACAGGAGAUUAUUGGCAAGGGCCGGUUUGGGGAAGUGUGGCGAGGCCGCUGGAGGGGUGGUGAUGUGGCUGUGAAAAUUUUCUCUUCUCGAGAAGAACGGUCUUGGUUCCGGGAAGCAGAGAUCUACCAGACAGUUAUGCUGCGCCAUGAAAACAUCCUUGGAUUUAUUGCCGCUGACAAUAAAGAUAACGGCACCUGGACUCAGCUGUGGCUCGUCUCUGACUAUCAUGAGCAUGGCUCCCUCUUUGAUUACCUCAACCGGUACACGGUGACAAUUGAGGGCAUGAUUAAACUGGCCUUGUCGGCUGCCAGUGGCCUGGCGCACUUACACAUGGAGAUCGUGGGGACGCAAGGGAAGCCUGGAAUUGCUCAUCGAGACUUAAAGUCAAAGAAUAUUCUAGUGAAGAAAAAUGGCAUGUGUGCUAUUGCAGACCUGGGCCUGGCCGUCCGUCAUGAUGCAGUCACCGAUACCAUUGAUAUCGCCCCAAAUCAGAGGGUGGGAACCAAACGGUACAUGGCCCCCGAAGUGCUUGAUGAAACCAUCAACAUGAAGCACUUUGACUCCUUUAAAUGUGCUGAUAUCUACGCCCUGGGCCUUGUGUACUGGGAGAUUGCGCGAAGGUGCAACUCUGGAGGAGUGCAUGAAGAAUAUCAGCUGCCAUAUUAUGACUUAGUGCCCUCAGACCCUUCCAUUGAGGAAAUGCGAAAGGUCGUAUGCGACCAGAAACUACGUCCUAACAUCCCCAACUGGUGGCAGAGCUAUGAGGCGUUGCGGGUGAUGGGGAAGAUGAUGCGGGAGUGCUGGUACGCCAACGGUGCAGCCCGCCUGACAGCUCUGCGCAUAAAGAAGACCCUCUCACAGCUCAGCGUGCAGGAAGACGUGAAGAUCUAACCUGCUCCCCUCCCCCUACACGCAACCCUGGGCAGCGAGAACUACACAGCUGCCGUGUUGAGCGUACGAUGGAGGCCUACCUCUCGUUUCUGCCCAGCCCUCUGGCCAGGAGCCCUGGCCCGCAAGAGGGACAGAGCCCGGGAGACUCGCUCACUCCCACGUUGGGUUUGAGACACAGACACCUUUUAUUUUACCUCCUAAUGGCAUGGAGACUCUGAGAGCGAAUGGUGUGGAGAACUCAAUGCCACAACUCGAGCUGGUGGUGGUGGGGAGUCCCACAGACCCCGGUGCAUCUUGGCAUGUCGCCGCGCGUGGUGACAGGGCAGCCUGGGAGGAGCCAGGAAAAGCCAAGGGGCGCCAGUGCUAGCAGCACUAAGGGUUUUCCUCCAGGGACCAACCCCAGCACACGGAGGUGGCCCUGAGGAACCACGGCGGUCCCUCUGCAGGCGGCUGCGCUCUUCCUCCCUCAGCAGACACCGGGAGGGACUGCCAGCGGGACAGCCUGCCGCCUGUCCGUCCAGCCGUGUGUGCAUGUGCCGAGGUGCGUCCCUUGUUGUGCCUGGUCCGUGCCACGCCCUUACACGUAUGUGUGUGUGUGCGCGUGUGUGUCUGUAGGUGCACACUUACCUGCUUGAGCUUCUUGUGCAUGUGCGGGUCGGGGGUGUGGGCAUCCUGCCGUCUGCGCCGGUGCCUCUGUUCAGUAGUGAGCAGCGGCUCGUUGCCCUGGUGCCCUCCCCGCGGGACGCCCCCGGCCCCGGGCCACGGCGGGGCCCUUCCCAGUAGGCCGCUCUGCUCACCCUGUGGCCGCACAGUUCUCCCUCUCCCCCUCCACGGCACGCUGGACCCAGCGCCGACCCGGCUGUCCGUGGCGGGCAGGGUGUCGGGUCCAGAUGCCACGGAGAAGUGGGGCGGGCAGGGGAAGAAUCUCGGCAGAAUUCUCGGGGGUCCUGGCCAGCAGCUGCCGUGGGGGUGACCCUCCCAAGGGCGGCUUCAGCAGCGGCAAGGAGGGGCCAAGAAUUUGAAGCCAGACCUUGGGACUGGGAUUGGAAUGUCACAUCUGUCCUCCCUGCCCCAGGUUCUGGAAGCAGCAGUGUAUAUUUUUGGUGGU